AUGGGUGCAAAAAAAGCACCAGGGCCAGAUGGCUUUACUGGGGUUUUCUUCCAGACCUAUUGGGAUAUUGUGGGUGAUAGUGUAAUUCAAAUGGCAAAACAAUUUUUUGAAACUGAGCAUCUUAUAACUCAGUUCAAUCACAUCAACAUAGCACUAAUACCAAAAACCCCUAUGACUGACUCGGCUGAUCAAUUUAGGCCCAUUGGGUUAUGCAACUUUGUCUACAAAGUGAUUUCAAAAACUCUAACUAAUCGAAUGAAUCCAUUGAUGGAGAAAGUGAUCUCUCCGAAUCAAAGUGCUUUCAUUCCAAAAAGGCAAAUUGCUGACAAUGUCAUUCUAGCUCAUGAGCUAAUAGACUCAAUUAAAAAUAAUAGAAGGAAAACUGGAAGUGUUGCUAUUAAAUUAGACAUGUCCAAGGCCUAUGAUAGAUUGGAAUGGUCCUUCCUGUCUAAGGCAAUGAAAAUUUUGUGCUUUAAUCCAAAAUGGAUUAGACUCAUAAUGAACCGUCUAAGUUCAGUAUCUUAUUUUAUCCUUCUAAAUGGUAGCCUUAUUGGAAAGUUUCAACCUGAAAGAGGAUUAAGGCAAGGGGACCCUUUGUCCCCUUACAUGUACAUUAUUUGUGCAGAAGCUCUAUCUUCUUAUAUUAAUAAUUUGGAAGAUACUAACCUGGUUCAGGGCAUAAAAUGUGUCAAGUAUGGUCCAUCCAUCAGCCAUCUUUUGUUUGCAGACGAUAGUCUCCUCUUUACUAAGGCUAUAAUACCUGAUUUCCAUGCUAUUAAAAAUUACCUGUAUAAAUAUUGUAAGGAAGGUAAAACUACUUUGGUGAAGCAUGUAGGACAAGCAAUGUCACUUUACCAAAUGACUACUUUCUUAAUACCUAAAAGUAUGUGUCAAAAAAUAGACUUUCAACUUAACAAUUACUGGUGGGGUGAGGAUCCAAGAUCGAACAAGAGAAAGAUGCAUAUCAUAGCUUGGGAGAACAUCUGCAAAACAAAGAAAGAAUGUGGAUUAGGAUUUAAAAUAAGUGAAAUCAAUAAUCUAGCCAUGAUGGCUAGAAGUGUUUGGAGAUUGGUGGAGAAUCCAUCUUCCCUCCUAGCACAAGUUCUAAAAGCAAAAUACUUUGCAAAUUGUGACAUAUUGAACUCUAAAUGUGCUGACAAUGCUUCAUGGGCAUGCAAAUGCCUCCAUAACACUAUGAACAAGAUAAAACCCUUUAUUACAUGGGUGGUGGGGGAAGGAAAUUUCAUAUACCACUGGUGUGACAACUGGAUUCCAGGGAAAGGGGUUGCUACUCCAAGAGCAAACUCUGUCCCUGACAAAAAUCUAAAAGUCCAUGAUCUUAUUAAUCAGGAGACAAGAACAUGGAAUGAAGCAAAGCUUAGUGCUGUUUUUGAUCAAGACACAAAAGAAAAAAUUGAAAAAAUCAGUCUUAGCCUUGAACCUUCUAAUGAUAGAAGAAUUUGGACUCCAUCUAAAGAUGAUGUCUUCUCUACAAAGUCUGCUUAUUCAACCCUAAAUGUGAGAGGGGAUGAAUCUAAUUCUGAUUUAUGUAGUGCAAUCUGGAAAUUAAAAGCUCCAGCAAGGAUCCAACUUUUUGUUUCGAAGGCACUCAAAUGUGCUUUGCCAGUAAGAGAAAUACUCCAUAAGAGAAUUCAUAUUUCAGACUAUACUUGCCCUAAAUGCAGAAUGAAGUUUGAACUAUGCAUGCUCUUGUUACUUGUAAAAAGCUACCUAGAGUAUGGAAACUCGUAA